UUAUACACACCUCCUGGACCCUGCAUUCACUAUAUCUGGUCUCCCCAGACCCUGCAUUUACUAUAUCUGGUCUCCCCGGACCCUGCAUUCACUAUAUUUGGUCUCUCUAGACCCUGCAUUCACUAUAUCUGGUCUCCCCGGACCCUGCAUUCACCAUAUCUGGUCUCCCAGGACCCUGCACUCACCAUAUCUGGUCUCCCCAGACCCUGCAUUCACUAUAUCUGGUCUCCCCGGACCCUGCAUUCACUAUAUCUGGUCUCCCCGGACCCUGCAUUCACUAUAUCUGGUCUCCCCGGACCCUGCAAUCACUAUAUCUGGUCUCCCCGGACCCUGCAUUUACUAUAUCUGGUCUCCUCGGACGCUGCAUUCACUAUAUCUGGUCUCCUCGGACCCUGCACUCACUAUAUCUGGUCUCCCAGGACCCUGCAUUCACUAUAUUUGAUCUCUCCAGACCCUGCAUUCACUAUA